UAAUAAAGGGUCUCAACUCUCAAGAACCCUUUAACCGAUACUCUUAAUUUGCCUCCAUUUUUUAACAUUCAGAGCAAAAAACUCUCCCUCUUUCUUCUUAAACAUCUCUAGCUAGCUAGAUCUCUACCUCAGCAAUGGCAGCCACUUCAUUAGUGAGGGCAGUGUCGAAAAGAUUGGAAGGAAAGGUGGCUUUGAUAACCGGAGGAGCUAGCGGCAUCGGGGAAUGUACGGCGAGAGUGUUUGCCAAUCAAGGAGCCAAAGUGGUAAUCGCCGACAUCCAAGACGAGCUUGGCCAAUCAGUAAGCAAAUCAAUAGGCCCAAACAGCACCUACGUCCACUGCGACGUCACCGAUGAAUCCCAAGUCAAAGCCGCAGUAGACAAAGCCGCCGCAACCUACGGAAAGCUAGACAUAAUGUUCAACAACGCCGGGAUAGCCGACGAAAACAAGGCGCGCAUCAUCGACAAUGACAAGGUCGAUUUCGAGCGAGUACUCAGCGUCAACGUCACGGGUGUUUUCCUGGGCAUAAAGCAUGCCGCGCAGGUGAUGAUCCCCAACCGCAGCGGCUGCAUUCUUUGUACGGCGAGCGUGAGUUCGUACCUCGGAGGUGCAGCUUCACAUGCAUAUGCCUGCUCGAAGCACGCUGUGUUGGGGCUUACCAAAAAUGCAGCGGUAGAAUUGGGACAGUUCGGAAUUCGAGUGAACUGCUUGUCCCCCUAUGCGCUUGCGACUCCUUUGGCUAAGAAAUUUGUUGGGGUAGACGAUGAGGGGCUUGAGAAGUUCAUGAGCACGCUGGCAAAUCUAAAGCAUGUGAUUCUUAAGGCUGAAGAUGUUGCUAAUGCCGCCCUUUAUUUGGCUAGCGAUGAGGGAAGGUAUGUGAGUGGGCAUAAUCUAUUAAUUGAUGGGGGUUUCAGUAUUGUUAAUCCCUCCUUCCACAACAUGUUUCAGUACCCUGAGGGAUCCUGAAUAUUAUUAUUCAUGUUUUUGAGUACAAAACAAAGAGGUCGAUCGUUGUCAAUUGUUGUUGGUACAAACUAUAGAGCUAGUCUAGUUCGAAUUAUACUUUUUAAUCAGGAUGCAAAUUUUCAAUUUUCAAUUUUCAAUGACACUGAAGAAAUAUUAUCUUAAAAUGAAAAUGAGAAAACUAAAAUCAAUGUCAAGUCUACUACGCAAUUAAUAAAAUAUGCAUUUCAUAUUAUAUCUAUGAAACGUGAAUUUAUAUAUUAAUAGCUAAGGUGGCAUCAACUAAGACCGGAAAACUAAGAAGGCUUUGGUAAACCAAACCACAUAGCCUCAACUCAAAUGAUGCAUGAAUAGGCAUCGAAUUUCUAGUUUGACUAAACUCGUGUAAACUUAAUAAAUUUCUUAAUUUGAUGUUUGGUGAGCUGUUGGUUUCAAUCAUAAUUUAAUUUAUAUUAUACUGUAAAAAUUGGAACAAAGGGUGAGCUUGCUGUAUCUCUCCGAUUGGAAGAAUUCUAUAUUAUAUACCUGUAAACUGCCUGUAAGGUAUACACACUCGAUUUGCUCUCGUUUAUCAAACACCGGAAGCUAAAAUCUCCCUCUUUCUGGAUAUCUCUGGAUCUACAUCACAACGGCAUGGAAUGCAGGUCCUUCAUUUAAUAGCUCCUAACCUAUUGAUUCUGCACUGCAAGAUACUGCCUCGAGAUGGACAACAAUUUUCCUGAAUUAUGGCGGAAGGUUCACAAAGUGACAAAGUUGGUGAUCGGCUAGGCCCAGGUAGAGUUUACUUAGAGCUCAAAGAAGCCCAACAAGGGCCUUUCAGUUAGCCCAAAAGCAAACCAAAGUUAGCCCAUCUGGAAAGGACAGGUGGAUCUAAUAACCGGCGGAGACAGCGGUAUCGAAGACCGAAAACACUAAGUUUGUACCCAUCUCGGAGGGAAUGUGCUAAUCGCAACAUCCAAGACGAGUUCAGGCCCAAAUUGGAUAGGCCCAAACUUUACCCAUGUCCACCCUUCGGAUGCUAGAAGCACACCAUCUUGCAACUCCUUUGUCUACGAGGUUUGUUGGAGUGGACGAUGAGGGGCUUGAAAAUGCAAUGACCUUGCUGGGUAAUUUGAAGCGUGUGAUUGCUAAGCCUGAAGAUAUUGCCAAUGGAGCUCGUUAUUUGGCUAGCCAUGAGGGAAGGUGUGUGAGUAGGCAUAAUCUGUUUAUUGAUGGUGGUUUCAGAAUUGUUAAUCCGUCUUUCCAUAUGUUUCAGUGGCCCGAGGAGAGCUGAUUGUGUUGGAUAUCACAGCUACAAAGUUAUGAAUGCGUUUCAGUUUAGAUUUUGAAAUUAUUGAAAACAGUUUCGUUUUCAAACGGGUGCAACUAGAGCUAUCCCGUUUGAAUGGCAAUAAUAUUCCUAUUUUUACUUAAUUUAAUCUGUAGAGAUUUCUA